AUGAGCUACGCUCCUAAAUUGGAAGCCAACAUUGCGGCUAGUGCGGUGCAAGUUGCGCCGAGGCGCGCUGAAGACCUGGAGAAGUGUUUGCAACAAUACCUGGAUGCCCGUGUGAGGGGAGAAAGAUACCCCCAACAGGAUGUUGCUUGGAUGGGCGGCGAGCUUCGAUACCUGGAGCGGCUAUUGGCAGCUCGACCAGGCCAACUUCGGCAAAAGGUUGCUGAUCUGAGACAGAGAUAUGAUGCUAUUGGCUCUGGCCAUGACAUUCAAAGUCCCAGGGGCGGUACAGCAUCCGCGGAUGGAUCACAGCUUCGCGACGAGACGCCGUCUCAGUCCUUGCAGCAUCUCGCCACCUUUCUCUAUCCCAAGAAAGACCGCUGCAAAGCUGAAGACGAAGUUCGAGUCCUUUCUGCAGAGGGGGGGCUGUCUGCGGAGCUUUCCAAGCACCCAGUGCUGACCUGCAUGGAAUCCGACGGACCUCGGACCAUCGUCAUGGGCUUUGGGCGGCUGGUUUCCUGGUCGGAGGAGGAUGACGCAGCUGAAGUGGCUCGAGAGCGAGUGGCAUUGCUGGAGCUUUCACAAGCUGGGGUGAACUUGAUGGAGUUUACUCGCAUCAUGGCUGAGCAGCUGCCGCAGGAUCAGGAAGGUUUGGACCUAGUGGAAGAAUCAGUGGCACAGGCAAAGGAGACGACAAGACAGGCUGUUGAAACGCUGAGUGGAGCAGCUGCGACCGAGUACGACCACAGGGAAAAACUUGUGUGGCCUGGUGCUGGUUUGGUGAUGCUGGGCGGCCUACUAUUCUGCACCUGUCCCUCGGGGGCGCCAGCUCUACUUUGCGCUGCCGGAAGAGGUGCUCUCUUCGUUGGCGCCACUCUGGGUUCUAUGAGCACUCUAAGCAAGCUACAAAUGCGCACACUUGAGCAGAUUCAGGAACGGCUUCCUGCCCGUAGCAUCUUGGAAAAGCUGCCACUUGAGCAGGCCAAGCAGAUCCGAGAGGCUUGUGACGAAGCAAACAAGAGGUUGCAUGCCAGAUUGGACGACCAGGAUGCUUGGGAAGAGGAGCCCUUUCUGUCACGAGCAUUUGCUGCUGAUUUCCACGUUUGGGACAGAGAGGUUGGCAACGAUUUGGCGGUCAAAAGAGGUCCAUCUGACGCCCGGAGAGGAGGUUACUCGUACGUGUUUACCUUCAAUGUUGACAUUCCAGUGAGCCGCGCCUUCAAAGUGGUACAGCAGAUGAGUCUUAUUGGAUCGCUUGAUCCUGGCUGUAAGGUUAUGUGGUCGCGACCAGUAGAUGCAGCGUCUGACAAUACCCACUACAUUCGUUAUGUGGCGUUUGCAGAAUGGUUUUACAGCCGUGACUUUUGCACGGCUUGCCACUGUGGCCCUGCAAACCAUCCCAAUGAGCAUAAAGAAUGCUACACGCUGGCCACAAGCUCCUUGAGCGACGAACUGCGGGAAGUGGAAGGUGUGCCAAAGCUCCGUGGUGAGCAGAGUGGCCACAUUGACGUUGUCGGAGUUCGGCUCACAGAGAACGAAUCCGGAACAAGAGUCGAAGUCAUGGCUGAUGUAGAUCCAGCAGCCCCAGUGACGUACUUCACGCGCGUAGUGAACAAGAGGAUCAGGAAUCACACCAGGGAUGCAGCGUGGCUGAUUCAGUGCGCUUUGAAGCAAGCGAAGGAAGUAACACCCGCGGGAAAGGAAGUCAAGGAGCUCGAUGGAAGUCAGGCAGAUAUCCAAAAGAGGAAAGCAGAAAAAAACAGGCAACAGCAGGGCUCCUCCGAAGAUGACAGAUCCAGGAGUAGGUCGUGGCGCAGCAGAUCGGCGGACAGCUACUCUCAACGGUCGCAGCAAAUGCAGGAUGGUGAUGGAGAUCGCGCUGCGCCCGAGGGCGACAUUGUAGGUGCAGAUCCACAGGGCCAUGAGAGAGGCCGCAGGGCACGCCGUUCUGACUCUGGAUCUAGAUCCCGCUCAGACUCCCGAUCGGCUGAGAAAGGCCACGAAGGCCGAGCACAUCCACGCAGAGUUGUGGUGGCUCAGGGUGAAGACAAGGAGGAUGGCAAUGUCUCGUCGUUGCUGGAGGUGAGCAAUCUUCCAGAUCUCAGCAGUAAGGGCAAGAAUGCCACCAAGUACCUCUGCGACCUCUUCAACCCAACACUCAAGACUCUGCCGGACUUUAACAAGGAACAGGGCGGUGACCCGGUGCAGAAGGCUUUCGACGUACCUGGAAAGGCUGGUAUCAUUUUCAUGCAGCUGCAGAACGCGGCACUGGCAGAAAGUGCGGGUCGGACCCUGCACGGCCUUGAAUUUGGUGGCAGCACCAUGAAGGUUCAAGGAGUGCCAAAGGCCGAGGCCGACUGUUCUAGCUUUCUUGCUUUGCACAAACAGGACUGUGCACACACACACACACGCACAUGA